CCAUGGCGGCGGCGGCGCUGCGGCGGUUGGGCCGUGCGGUUCCGCGGGUCAUCACAGGGGCGCCGCGCCGUGGGCACCGCCUGACGCAGUCGGACGACGAGAUGUACCAGCGGACGCGGGUGACGGUGCUGCAGCCCGAGAGCCCCAACACCGCCUUCAUCGAGGGCUACAGCAGCCGCGGGUUCAGCAUCAGCGGCACCGUGGUGGUCGGCCCCUGUGCCGUGCUGCCCCGCGCCAUCCUCCAGUGGAACGUCGGAUCACACCGAGACAUCUCGCUGCAGAGCCUGUCGCUGUUCCGCCUGCUGGAGCCGCGGAUAGAGAUCCUGGUGCUGGGCACAGGGGACAGAGUAGAGCAGCUCCAUCCCGCCGUGCUGAGGCAGAUGCGGCUGUGCGGGAUCGCCGUGGAGGUGCAGGACACGCCCAACGCGUGUGCCACCUUCAACUUCCUGACAAGCGAGAAGCGCCUGACAGCCGCCGGCCUCAUCCCCCCGCGGGGCACCAACACGGAGCUCCCGGCGCUGCCCUUUGCCACGGACUGAGUGCUUCUGUCCUCUCCCACCCGCAGCACCGGGGCUGCCCCACACCGAGCGCCGGGCGGAGAGACGCUGCAGGAUGGGCAGUCGGAGCCCAGCUGCUGGCUGAGUGCUGCCUCUCGGCUGUGGAGCACUGUACGGCCGUGCUUGGGGGCUGCACAAGGAGAAUACACAUAAAUCAGAAGUACAAAGCAA